CGGCACGCCCCGCUCAGACAGCAGCAGCGGCUCGCGCUCGGGGCGCCCCCCGGCUCGGCAGCGCUUCAGGGCUGCGCCCGCCGCCUCGGCCCAGGGUCCCCGCCGCACGGCCGGGGAAGCGGCGGGGUCCGCGACAUGCUGGCUGAGGAGAGGGGCGGAAGGGGCUUUGCUCCCGGACCGCUGCGGCCGGACCCUCUCCUUUUGCCUCGGGCACUUCUCGACACUGGAGCCUCGGUGUCGCCUCCCAGCUCCCGCGGGCUGCAACAGUUACCUCACGGCCCCAGCCUGGUCCGUUGGGCGCGCGAGCGACGGGCGGGCGCUCCUCCCCCGCCGCUGCCCCGGCCGGGCGCGCGCCCCGCCCGCCGCCCGCGCGCUCUCGCGCCCUGUCCUGUCCAGCAGCCACCGGCACCGCCUCUUGUUCUCCUAGCUGCUGGUCUCGACGUGAGCCGGGGACCCCUGCCCACUAAUAGUGCGGGGACUGGAGAGAGCGCGGCUGGGGCUGCCGGAAGACUGGCCGGGGCUGGGAGAGACAGGCGGAGUCCUUUUCGGAUAGAAGAGGGCGCGCCCGCCAUCCUGGGACCCCAGGCGCGCAGGUUCCCUUUGGGGUACCCACACCGAUAGAUUGCCAAUGCCCCAAUUAAUUAUGAAAGAACUAAAAUCCUGCCUAUAGAGUUCCCGGCGUGGCUCAGCGGUAACAAACUAGACUAGUAUCCAUGAGGA